AUUUUUAAAAAGCACAACCGCCUGAUCACGCGAUUGUCGGUCUCAUAAUUUUACCGAAUUAAAUAAAAAGUAAAUUAUCAAAAAAAUGGAAUGAGAUAUAAUAACCAUCAAUGAUACAAGUUAGAGAUUGAAUUAAUCUUAUUAACAUAAACAAUCACACAAUAAACAAAAGUCACUAGUUUUAAUUUUAUACAUUAGUAUCUUUGAGGUUAUUUUUUGUCACCCAGAUACUGGACACGAGUUAUAAAUAUUUAAAAAAAAAAGCAGUUAUAAAAAUCAAAAAAAUGGCAAACAGUGUAAAUAAUAUUUUCAAAAUGUCUAUGACAGUAAGGAAUUUAUUAGGAUCAUCACGUUACACAACUGUAAGAUUAUUAGGAACAUCUUAUGCUAAAUUUACGACAGAAGGUAGUAAUAUACUACAGCCCCAAGUGUUUGAUUAUAAACAAACACCAGAAAUUAAUCAAUACAAAAGAUGUCAAUUUAGAUGGAAAAAUUGUAAAGACAGUACAGAAGUUUUUGAUCUGUUCAAUAGCAAUUUCAAAAGAAUGAAUGGUUUGGAAGCUGUUGAAGCUUUGUCAACUUUAUUUACACUUGAUAAACAGAGUGAUGUUCACGAUGGAUCUAUAAGAAGGCGAAAAGAGUUUGCAUCGCUGUGUGAAAUUGUUAAGAAAGAUAUUCGUAAAUUACAACAUGGUGACAUUAUUGAAAUACUUAAAACACUAACGUAUUUUCAAGUACCAGCAUCAUCUGUUCUUGUUCAAUCACUGCUACAAAUAAUACGUCACUCAAUAAAUACUUUAUCAUUAGAGCAGAUAAUAUUUAUUGACUUUUUAUUGACGAGAUGUAACACUAAAACACCACUAAUUGAAGCUCUGAAAAUGGCAUUGCCAAUUGUAUUUCAAACUCACGUUAAAUCAAAGCUUGAUACUGAAAAUCUUGACUCACUAGUAAAUUCUCUUACGUAUUUGAGUACGUUGGAUUCUCGCAAUGAAACUUUACCAUACAUUAUGAAUGCUCUUAAUAAAUUUAAUGAACGUGAUAUCGAUCAUAGGAGAGCUGAAAAAAUAUUGAUGGCUUUAUUGAUGAUUAAAAAUCAGGACAUAAAUGUUGAGUUGAUUCAAAAAGUUCAAAAAAUUAUUAUUCAGUAUGUAGAUAAAAUUCAUGCAAACAGAUUAGAACUUAUCAUUCGUAAAAUUGCAUUAAAAUUACAAAACUCAGAGGAUUAUUUUUAUAAUGAAGGAUUAGUAGAAGCGAUUGUUCAAGUGGUAGUGUCUAAAGAUAUGGGAGUUAAUAUAGCGUUGACUAUUUUAUCAAAUUUGAACGAAAUUAAAUUUGCGUCAUCGGCAAUUUUGGACUACAUCGCUGCUAAAUGUUUUGAAGAUAAAUCAAUACUUAGCGAACUUAAAACAAACAAAGUAUUAGAUAUAAUAUGUGGAAUGUCAUUAGCUGAUUAUAAACCAAUAUUUUGGGACUCACUGAAAGAUUCAUUUUUGAAAGAACAAAUUUUAGAAUCAAGACAUCAGACAUUGACCAAAACAGCAUUAUUUUUAGCAUCAUUAGAUUGCUAUUGGCCACGGUUAUUAGAAAAAAUAUUUGUAGACAAAAAAUUCGAGAGCAAUAAUUUGCUAGGAACAUUCAGUUACAAAGAACAGAAAAAUCUUUUAUUAUUACAUUACGCUGUGAUGAGUUUUUGUCCCGAUUAUUCUGGACCGCUAUUAUCUAAAGAAGUUAUCGAAUCAUUUGAAUCAAGUUUUCCGAAGGUCAAAUUGUCCUCGCUUCCAUUGAAAUCAGCUCUAGAAUCGUCUCUCGGUGGUCCUCAAUAUGUUAAAAGUUACAUCCUAACUCCCUUUGCAUAUUAUAUCGAUCAUCUUAUAAUUUUGAGAAAAGGUGGUUUUCCAAUCGCUAUUAAUAGUGACGAAAGUCCUUCUGUACAAAAACUCAGUGACAUAAAACCUAUACCAGAUAGCCAAGUCAUUCUGAUCAUGUAUAUUCCAAAACAUGCGUACUCACGUAACUCUCAACGUCUCACCGGCAUGUGGUCAUUGAUAAUUAAAAUAUUAAAAACCGAGUCAAAUUACACGGUUAUUCCAAUAUUUUCAGAUAUGUGGACUAGUUUUACAGAGCCAGAACAAGUACGAUAUGUCUCACAAGCAAUAAGAUUAAAAAGUGAUGAAUUAUCAGCUAGUAUUAAUUCUUAAGUGAAUUAUUAAAAUUUAUCAGUUUAUUGUACAUCAAAAUAUAAUGACUUUUAUAUUAA